AAUAUUCAUAUAUUUUGUCAGUGCACUAGAAACUUUUUUUUUUAGAUCAUGGGGAUAUUAGAUCUUUUUCUCCAGUCCACCAGUUAUGUCUCCCUACUGGGGGGUCUGGUGGUCCUGCUGCUCCUCUACCUCAUCUCCUCCUCCAGCUUCAGCUCCCGGGCUCACAAAAAAGAACCUCCAGGACCAAAACCACUUCCCCUGCUCGGCAACCUACUCCACCUAGACCUCAAGAGACCCUAUAACACAUUAAUGGAGCUUUCCAGGAAAUAUGGAUCACUGUUCACUGUGUAUUUUGGACCCCAAAAAGUGGUGGUUCUGGCUGGGUACAAGACGGUGAAGGAGGCACUUGUCACAUAUGCAGACGACUUUGGUGAAAGAGAUCCAAUGUUAAUAGCAGAAGAAACUAAUCAUGGCCAUGGGGUUUUAUGGUCCAAUGGUGAUUCAUGGAAAGAGAUGAGGCGCUUUUCUAUAACUAACCUGAGAGACUUUGGCAUGGGCAAGAGGGCAUGCGAGGACAAAAUCAUUGAGGAAUGUCAACACCUCAUGGAAGUGUUGAAGAAUUUCAAAGGAAAAGCCUUUGAUACGAGCCAAUCAAUGAACUAUGCAGUCUCUAAUAUUAUCUGCUCCAUGGUCUAUGGCAGCAGAUUUGAAUACGAUGACCCACAGUUUACAACUAUGGUAGAUCAAACAAACAAAAGAGUUCAACUUGUGGGGACCCCAUCUAUACAGAUGUACAACUGGUUCCCAUGGAUCUACAAAUGGGUUGCUGACAGAAAAGAAGUCCUAAAGAUCACCGACUUCGUCACCAAACAGAACUUAGAGCUGUUCAGUCGUUUGAAGGAGACCCUCAAUCCACAGAUGUGUAGAGGCUUUGUGGACGCCUUUCUAGCCAAAAAGCAAAAUCUGGAGGAUUCUGGGAUUACUAACAGUCACUUCCAUGAUGAUAAUCUCAUGUUGACAGUCCUGAAUCUGUUUGCUGCCGGCACUGAUACGACAGCAACUACUCUCAGAUGGGCACUUCUGCUUAUGGCCAAGUAUCCAAAAAUACAGGACCAGGUCCAGGAGGAGCUGAGCAGGGUGAUAGAAAGUCGUCAGGUGCAGAUCGAGGACAGGAAGAACCUGCCCUUCACUGACGCUGUCAUUCAUGAGACACAGAGACUGGCCAACAUCGUCCCUAUGGCAGUGCCACACAGAACCAGCCGAGACAUCACUUUCCAGGGUUACUUUAUUAAGAAGGGGACCACAGUAUAUCCUCUCUUGACAUCUGUCCUGUAUGAUGAGAGUGAGUGGGUGAGCCCACACACCUUUAAUCCUUCCCACUUCCUGGACAAAGAUGGAAAGUUUGUCAAGCGAGAUGCCUUCAUGCCUUUUUCUGCAGGUCGCAGGAUUUGUCUUGGAGAGAGUCUGGCCAGGAUGGAGCUCUUUGUCUUCUUCACCACUCUCCUGCAGCACUUUCGCUUCACUCCCCCACCCGGAGUUUCAGAAGACGAACUGGAUCUGACUCCACGUGUGGGCUUCACACUCAACCCUUCACCUCAUAAACUGUGUGCUUUCCCCUGUAUGUGAGGAGGAGGACUUGGACCUGUGUUAGAUUUAUCUCAGUUUCAUGCUAAAGAGUAGAGUGUCAUUCAUAUAAGUGCUAUAUCCAAUGCAUUGCCACAAUAGUGAAUAUGUUCAAAACCACACAACUAUAUCAGCCUUAAAGUAGUUUAAAGAGGCUCACUGUGUCAGUAGUAUCCGUUCUUGCUCUUACUAUUUACCCCUGCAUACCUAUACAUGUGUACUGAUUUCACACGCGUGCAUGUUUUUAUGUGGAAUAAAGAGGUGGGAGUGGAAGUUGAGGUUUUAUGUAUGCAUGCAACAGAACCAAUAAAAAGUUGUGCUGUAAUUAAUUGUAAACUGUAAUCCUACUUUACAUAUAUAAUCCGAUACAGUUACUAAUUACAUGUUAAAAAAUGUAGUCAGUAACCUAAUCCAAGUAUCACAAUAUUAAAUUAAUAAUUAAUAACAAUGUAACUUGAUUGCUUUCUGCUAUUUCUGGAUUAACUCAACACCAAAUAUGUAAAUAAAAACAAAGAAGAGAAAAGUAGUAGAAGUAUUGAUGCAGUUGUAUUCUAUAAAACAACAGAACAAUGUAAUCUUUGAAAAAAAAUGAAAACAGAAAAAAAAUGGAAGCAUCAAAAAUGUGUCCCAAAUAUGGGUUAGCUGGUAAACAACAUUAUCAGUGAUCAAAUUCCUUUAACAUCAGACACGAUUCAAAUGAAAUCAGGAUUUCUGAAAAGCAGCUGGGUUUUAUUUCAAACAAAUACUGCCCUUUUGCCCAAAAAACCUCUAUGAUCUGUGUGUGUUCAAACUUUGAUUUUAAUGUGGCUGCAGUUUUGUGGACUGCUUGUUGGUUGAAAAGGUAACACUAUAUUGAGGUUCUUGUAAGAAGUAUUAAUUAAUAGGUAAUAGGGCUUUAUAAGAUGCUUAUUAACAAUAAUAUAUGUUAAUUAAAGAUCACAAACCACUUGCAAUA